GUCCCGAGUAUCGUCAUUAAAUAGCUGUGCGGCAGGUGUCAGACUGGGAUACCGGUAAAAUGAAACGGGGGAUAUUAGUCCUAACAUUCACAUGUGCGUUCCUACUGUUGUUAAUAUGUUUCUACGUCAAACAACUACCUGGAUAUACUGGGAGCCAAGUCGGAGAGAUAUUUGCAGGGACAGGGAGUGGGAGAAGCCAAUGGAAUACAGCUGUAAGACAAUAGUGCCAAUGGGAAACUGGCAUGUGUGUAUGGACCAUCCGUAUACGAUCAAGCCACCCUGUAUUGUAUAUUCCUUUGGAAUUUCCAAUGACUGGACAUUUGACGACGCAAUCGGAAAGCAUGGUUGUGAGGUCCAUUGUUUUGAUCCAAGUAUAGGAAAACAGGACUUUAACAGAAGCCAGAACGUCCAUUUCCACAACCUCGGCAUCGCAGGGUAUGACAGUGACACAUUUGAGGCACGAAAGGAUGUCUACGUCCAUCACAAACAAAUAUGGAAAAUCAGACGCCUUAAGUCUGUCAUGGAAAUGCUUGGACAUGCAAAUAAAACCAUCGAUGUUCUCAAGAUUGACAUUGAAACAAGCGAGUGGCCAACGGCGAAGGAUUUAGUGGGGUCGGGUGUGCUCUACAAGGUCUGACAAUUCCUGAUAGAAUGGCACCUGUUCUUUGACUAUCCCAGCACGGACAAAUAUCUUGAGUUGUACAAUACUUACAUGGCUGUGAUGGACCAAGGAUUCUCCACUUUCAAAGUGGAUUUUCAUCACAACACCAUAAAGAAAAAUAACCUGCUGUUUCAAGCUGACGUGGAUUACGUCAACACGGCGUAUAAAGGGAAGUAAUUCUUACCGGGCCAAGAAAUGGACAUCACUCUUUGCAGCUACCUACACUUUGGUAUGAAGUCGGGCAAUUGUGCCUACUCUGUAUCUUAAAGAAAAUAUUUUGUACUGACGGAAACGCUCGGAAACUGCUUUUUGCCCAUUAAAACAAGAUAGAAUAUUU